UAACCACUUCGUUGCUCCUCUAUAUAUCCAACCUUUUGAUUCCAGUUACCCUUGUCUGGGUAUCUCUAAGUCAUAUUGACUCUUCUCAAGUGUAAUUAUUUGAAUUUUAUACCAUUAUCCCAGCAAUCGACUGCGUAACCCUCCGUCUGCCAUCAGCAUCAAGCUUGCAGCAUGGCGCAAGAAGUUGGAAACAACAACAACAAUGACCAUCUGGUCCAGUCCUCUGACCCAGAGCACCCCGCCAACCUGAUCCCCGAGCUCUGCCGCAAAUUUUACAAUUGGGGUUGGGUCACUGGUACUGGUGGUGGAACUUCGAUUCGUCGCGGCGACCAUAUCUUCAUCGCGCCUUCAGGAGUGCAAAAGGAAUUGAUCCAACCGCACAAUAUCUUUGUCCUGGAGUUUCCUACUCCCAAGUACCCUCCUUCCGACCGCAAGUACAUCCGCAAGCCCCUCGAACUGAAGCCGUCCGCAUGCACUCCACUAUUCCUUACUGCUUUUGAGCGUGGUGCUGGCUGCUGCAUCCACACGCACUCUCAGUGGGCCGUGUUGGUGACGCUCCUGGUCGAACGCGAGAAGGGUCCCGACGCUUGCUUCGAGAUCAGCAACAUUGAGCAGAUCAAGGGUAUUCCUCGAGGCAAGGGGAAGGGCAUGCUGGGCUUCUUCGACACCCUUAAGAUUCCUAUCAUCGAGAACACUGCCUUCGAGGAGGAUCUCACGGGAAGCUUGGAGAAGGCCAUGGACCAGUACCCGGACACCUACGCUGUCCUGGUGAGGAGACAUGGAAUUUAUGUCUGGGGUGAUGACGUUGCCAAAGCCAAGACGCAGUGCGAGAGCUUGGAUUAUCUCUUCCAGCUUGCUGUCGAAAUGCACAAGCUCGGCCUUCCGUGGGUCAAAUAAACGCUCACGACAGCGGGGAUACCAUCAGCAGGAUAACGACGAAGCACGCGACAUGAUGACUAGGGAUGCCCAGUGUAUAUGACGAUACAUGAAAUUUGUCUAUAGAAAUUUGAGGACCUCUCGGCAG